UUAUUAGGACAAACAAGGAAAUCAGAGUGGUUGGCGGCAUUCUGUUUCCUGUUCGUAGUGCAUUGUGGGGCAGGCGGGACGCCAUUAGAUCGUAGAACAGAAGCCACGCGAGGAAGUGAGUAUCGGAACGGUUGUUAGCUGCUGUUAGGUGCCGGGGACCCCACAAAUUUCAAGCCUCUAUAGCCAAGAUGUCUAUCGGUGUUCCCAUCAAAGUUCUCCAUGAAGCAGAAGGGCAUAUUGUGACCUGUGAAACGAAUACAGGCGAGGUGUACAGGGGGAAGCUCAUUGAGGCGGAGGAUAACAUGAACUGCCAGAUGUCAAACAUCACUGUAACCUACAGGGACGGCAGAGUUGCACAGCUUGAACAGGUCUACAUUAGAGGAAGUAAAAUCCGUUUCCUGAUCCUUCCAGACAUGUUAAAAAAUGCCCCAAUGUUAAAGAGCAUGAAGAAUAAAAAUCAGGGUUCAGGUGCUGGAAGGGGGAAAGCAGCUAUUCUCAAAGCUCAAGUGGCUGCGAGAGGAAGAGGACGUGGCAUGGGACGAGGAAAUAUCUUCCAAAAACGACGAUAACUGUUUGUUUUUGUAUAUUUCUUUUUUAAAUUGUUCCAGGUUGUGUAACUACCUUUUUUUUUGCUUUUUGUUUUUUUUAUUUGUUUAAUAAACCUGUUUCUAAUGGUCUCCAA